CCGUCCGCGCUGCGGGGCUCCGAGGCAGCGGGGGGCCGUGCCCGAGCCAUGGCUGAGCUCGGAGCCUGGUCGCGCUGCGGCCGCCCCUUCCUCCUCCUCACCUGCCUCUUCGCGCCCUUUCUCGCCCAGCCCAGAGCCGGCUCCGCCGCCCGCGCCCCGUACGCGGGUAUAUCUGAACCUUCUUUUAUUGCUAAAAGUGAAGAUCGAUUAUUUAAAUAUUUAUUUGACGACUAUCAAAGAUGGGUUCGUCCAGUGGAACGCUUGAAUGACACAAUAAAAAUAAAGUUUGGCCUUGCGAUCUCUCAGCUAGUAGAUGUGGAUGAGAAGAAUCAAUUGAUGACGACGAAUGUCUGGUUGAAACAGGAAUGGAUAGACGUAAAAUUAAGGUGGAAUCCUGAAGACUAUGCUGGAAUAACAUCUAUUCGUGUCCCAUCAGAUUCUAUUUGGAUUCCAGAUAUUGUAUUGUAUGACAAUGCAGAUGGACGUUUUGAGGGAACAUCUACAAAAACUGUGGUAAAAUAUGAUGGCACCAUUGCUUGGACUCCACCGGCAAACUACAAAAGUUCUUGUACUAUUGAUGUAACCUUCUUCCCCUUUGACCUCCAAAAUUGCUCUAUGAAAUUCGGUUCUUGGACUUACGAUGGCUCACAGGUUGAUAUAAUUCUUGAAGAUUAUGAUGUUGACAAAAGAGACUUUUUUGAUAAUGGAGAAUGGGAAAUUGUGACUGCAACAGGGAGCAAAGGAAAUAGGACUGAUGGAUGCUGCUGGUAUCCUUUUGUUACGUAUUCAUUUAUAAUUAGACGUUUGCCACUUUUUUACACAUUGUUUCUCAUUAUUCCUUGUAUUGGGCUUUCGUUUCUAACUGUCCUUGUCUUCUAUCUUCCUUCAAAUGAAGGUGAAAAAAUUUCACUUUGCACUUCAGUACUGGUAUCUUUGACUGUUUUUCUUCUAGUUAUUGAAGAGAUUAUUCCAUCGUCUUCUAAAGUUAUCCCACUUAUAGGAGAGUACUUGGUGUUUACUAUGAUAUUUGUGACGUUGUCCAUUGUGAUAACUGUCUUUGCUAUCAAUAUUCAUCAUCGCUCUUCAUCUACACACAACGCUAUGGCACCUUGGGUUCGCAAGAUAUUUCUUCACAAACUUCCCAAGCUGCUCUGCAUGAGAAGUCAUGUAGAUAGAUACUUUGCUCAGAGGGAGGAAACAGGAAAUACGAAUGGAUCAGAAUCAUCUAGGAACACCUUGGAAGCAGCUCUAGAUUCUAUUCGAUAUAUUACAAGGCAUGUUGUGAAGGAGAAUGAAGUUCGUGAGGUUGUUGAAGACUGGAAAUAUAUUGCUCAGGUGCUUGAUCGAAUGUUCUUAUGGGCUUUUCUUCUGGUUUCAAUAAUUGGAUCACUUGUGUUAUUUAUUCCUGUUAUUCAUAAAUGGGCAAGUAUAAUAGUACCUACACAUAUAGGCAGUGCAAAUGCAUAAAAUAUUUUUGGAUCUGCUAAUAUGGUUCUAAAGAGUUUUUCAGUAGCUCUGUUUCCAUGCAUGUUCUUUGUAGGCAUGUUUCUGAUAGAGUAAAAAAAACCUAAUCAAAACCGAGAAAAUUAUGUUUAUAUUAAAGCUUGGUAUCCCUAGGACACAUAGAAGUCAGUUUGCUUAUUGCCAGUCUACUAUUUACUUCUAAAUCAGGUCGGAAUUAAAAGAACCUUCUGAGGCACUUGCAUUUAUGAUAUGUCAGAAAAGCAUACACUGACACCUACUGUGAAAUCGAAGGAUUUAAAUUUUUUUUGUGAUGAUCACUGUAGUCCAAUUAUUGAAUUACUAUGUAAAUUAUUAUAUUGACUAUUAAAUAUUUGCAGGUAUUUACACAGUAGCGUUGCUUAUUUCCAUUUACUAUAGUAUGCAAAGGAGAAUUUUUAUCAGCUCUCUUGAAUGUGUUGUAGAAGUAUAAAGAUUCUACAGAGUAAAUUUAAAAUAAGAAUACCAGUUAAACUUCCCAUGUAUUCAACAUAUAAGUAAAAAUAGCAAUCUGGCUAUGUUUUGCCUUUAUAUCUUUUCAGUGUAAUUUGCUGCUAAAUUUAAAACCUUAUUAAUUCUAUCAUACUAAUAUGAACAUUUAAUACGGUAAGGCUUAAAAUGCCUAAAGGAUACAUGUAUAUCAAUAUCUCUGUAUCAGCUAUGGAAAGGAAAGACGGUUAAAUGAGUUCGCAAGUUGCACAAGUAUUCUAAUGGACUGGAACAUUCAUCUUUCUUUAUUCUUGACGAAGAAUUUGAUACAGUAUGUUAGUUGCAAACGUGUUAAUCGUUUACUGCCUUUUUUUGUUUCUUGGAAUUAAGUUCUUAAGCACAGGUAGAAGGAAUUUGCAGAAUGCCUUUUGAAGGGAAUGGGUUGAAAAUUAUUAUGGUGUAUAACCAAAUGCAGAUGAUUAAGUUUUCACACAUUUGUUAAACUGAACUUAGAAAGCUACCUUUAAUAGGUUCUCUGACUUAUAGAACCAUAUGUAACUGUAAGCAGCGAGGAUGUACAGCUUUCCAUACUUUCUGUUUUCUGAGCGUUAAAAACUAACUUGCAACAUUUUAAUUAUUUCAUUAAAACCUGUUCUUUAAGUACUGGUUUUAAAUUCUUUAAAUUCGUUCCAAUGCCACCUUUCUUAAAAGCUUUAUUUCUGGUAGGGACUGUUAAAAUAGGUGGGGGUUUUCCUACACCAAAGUUUUGUCAGUGUCUUUCAUAAUAUGUCUGCAUCCUGCGGGGCUAAUACAGUAAUGCCAAGAUAAAGCAAGUCUUGGUAAGUUUUUAUUUGCUUAAAUUACUGAAUAAAUAGUAACAUGUUUAGAUGAGAAUUUUAAUGUAAAUUGUAGUAUCUUUGAUAAUGUAAGUUUUUAUAGUGGUUAUGAAUUUGGAAAACGGACAUGUGUUCCCCCCGCUCCUUCUGUCUCCCUUAGAAUAGCACUGUUUGGCAUUGUACUGAUUAUAAUACUGAUUGCUUAUGUCAUAACUUAUAUGUAAGUGAAUAUUUAUUUGAAAUUGUUUUAAUCUGUAGGGCAUUCUUGGUUUUAUGUAGCUUUUUAAGGUUCACAGGCAAGGAAAUGAUGCCAGGCAAGCCUUUUUUUUUUAAUACCAAUUUAUAAAUAAUUCUGAUUGUGAAGGGACUCACUCUUUCUCUUCAGUUAUGCAAUUAUAUCUGGCAUUGGAUAUCCAUAUUUCCUCUAUUCCCAUCAUAAUUAAUUUUAAAGGUGAUUUUGCAAAUAUUAUCUGGUUUAAUUGAUUAAUAUAAUAAUUUUAACUUCAUCAGUAUUACUAAGAUUAAACAAUGCUUCAGUGACUUUAUUUAUGUGGCAACUGUAGCAAUACUUUAGAUAUCUAAUUUCCUCUUCAAAUGCAAAAUUUCUUUUUAUAGUCCUCCUUGGUUUUGAGUUACUGAAGUUUACUCUUACCUGAACAGAAAGCAAAGUAAGUAAAACUAUAGAUUAGCUACAUAUAUUGUUUUUUUUUAACUCCCCACCUUAGCUCUUUCCCCAAGUUAAAUGAUGCCUGUCUACUGCCCAUCGUAAGGUGACUGGCAUUAUAUUGACCAAUGGAGUCCCAGUCCUUAUCCUAGUAACUCACGGGUUUUGCAAAUGCACAAAUUUCUUUUAGUCAUUUCUACAGUCUGAUCAUGAUAAAUACAGAUAAGAUAGCAGACACUAGAAUCCUUGGGGUCUUCAGCUUAUCAUCAGCUGUGUCUGAAACAAAAUAAUUUUAAUAGAUGCAGAAGCACAGACCUUUCUUAUGUAACUUGUUUCUGAAUGUGUUGAACUGUAGCUAAUGCUACCUUAUAUAGGUUCUUGUCACUUGGUCAAAAUAAAUGGAAAAAAGUGUGCAAUUUUCAACAGCUUGAUUCUCUUUAUUUUCAUAAAU